CUCUCGAGGCCUUCAAAAAGAAAGCAUCGGCGCAGCCUCCCUCUCUCCUCCUUCCACCCAUCAGCUUUACCACACACAAACCAACCUCACCACCCCCACACUACCAAAACAACAAUGUCUUCUGGCGGCAAAGGCGGCAAGUCUGGCGGCGACAGCAAGUCGCAGUCGCGUUCGGCCAAGGCUGGUCUCCAGUUCCCGGUCGGCCGUAUCCACCGUCACCUGCGCAAGGGCAACUACGCCCAGCGUGUUGGUGCUGGUGCCCCCGUCUACCUCGCUGCUGUCCUUGAGUACCUCGCAGCCGAGAUCCUCGAGCUCGCUGGCAAUGCCGCGCGCGACAACAAGAAGAGCCGUAUCAUUCCCCGCCACCUCCAGCUCGCUAUCCGCAACGACGAGGAGCUGAACAAGCUCCUGGGCGGCGUCACCAUCUCGCAAGGAGGUGUGCUUCCGUUCAUCCAAAGCGAGCUCCUUCCCGCCAAGUCCGGCAAGAAGACGAAGGCGUCGCAGGACUAAAUGCAGGAUACAAGGACGAACACCGACCGGGGCACGAGCAUUCGCGAAGCAUACCGAGCGCUCGAGAAAGACACGCUCUUCUAGCCUCCUUCCAGGCCGGCCGUACCCUAGAAUCCUGCAGAUCCCUCCAUCUCCCCAGGCCAUUGAGCCACCUGUACCCCCAGCGCGACCUAGUCGCUUGUACCACUACUACCACCCUUGAAUCUGAUACUGGUCGAGACA